GCAUUCUUUUUUCAACGCUGCUCCAUGUUGUAACAUUACGGCGACAUCAAUUUUCGCGCGCGCGACCACAGAAACAUCCCCACGCCACAUCCCGGCGCAUUAGACGAGCAAACAAGCCGUCUGCCCAUCCUCGACUCCGUCCUCGACGAAUUGCCCUCGAAACGCGCACCGACAGCUUCUGUCCAAGCAGCUUCCAUGAUUGCAACGCCCCAAACCCAGAACACGACCUCACGUUUCCACAAUGGCCGCGGCCGAGGUGCUGGCGCUCACAGAAAGCUGCUUCGCAAACGGUCAUGGCUGCCCGGCAACGAAGCCCUCGCAGACUGGGUGGGAUGAGCGCUCGUUACGCGCCCAGCUGAGUUUGAUAUCUCAGGCUUGGUCGCUGCAGAGGAGACCAAUUCAGAAACUCUACACGUCACACAAAACGCAGUCCGUCGAGAGGACUCUCAUAGUCCCCGCCACAUCGUUACCAUGGUCUAGAAGAAUACCACAAGGCGCUGCUGAAUCGCCAGCAUCCUCCACACCGACCUUGUCCGACAAAGUCAUGGACCCGAGCGGAACCGACAACUUUGCGCGCCGACAGAAUAACGCUUUCGAUGCUUCAAGCCCCGCGCUUGGAUCGACCUCAUCUUCAUCCCGAGAUUGCCAGUCCUCGAAAGACGUCUUGAGUGACCCCGCGUUCGAUAUCCUGCUAGACCUCAACUCGGAGAACGGCCGGCGCGAGCAUGCGAAGAAGAAGAAGAAGGCUGCGUCGACACCGUUAAACCUCAACGACAACAACAGCAAUGAGAAGAAGGACGAUGCCCCCGGCGACGGCAACGGAGGCAACGGCGACCUAGGCGGAGGUUCAGCUGGGGACGCCGGAGGUGGUGCUGGAGACGGUGGCAAUGGCGGUAAUGGUGGUGACAAGCCCGACGACGAUUGGGCUACGUUCAGCGGUUCCAAGGCCAAGGCCAAAGGCGCGCCCCAGUUGGGAGGACUGCCCGACAUUCCAACGUCCGACUUUGGCACCGAAGCCUUCCAAGAGAUCAAACUUGGCGAUGAUUCCGGAGGAACCUGGGGCAACAAAUGGAACGGCGGCGGGUCGACCUGGGACUGGGCUGGAGGCGGAGGCGGAGGCGACUCAGGGGGAGGAGGCGCCAGCGGCGGCGGUGCGAACCCCUGGGGAUCCAAGCCUGCGUUUGGCUCGAAGAAGGAGAACGAGGAUGAAGAUUGGUUUACACCAGGUGGGAAGAAGGACAAGAAGAAGAUCAGCCUUUUGGAUGAUUUCGGCACCUCGGACCCUCCGCCGGCUGCUCCAGACGCUCCGCCGGCGGACGAUUUCUGGGGCGCCAUCUCCAAGCCCAAGAAGGCGACCAAGAACAAUGGGCUUUUCGAUGAUACUGCUGACGCUCCCCCUCCUGUUACUGACGCACCAGGCGCUACGAGUAUGGACAACGACUUUGGAUGGGGACUUGGCACGGAACCCAAAAAGGACGAAGGAGGCUGGGGUAUGUGGGGGGCCGGAAAGAAGAAGAAGAACUCCAUUUUCGCCGAUGCUGUCCCUGAAGAGCCCAAAAAACAGGACGACAUUUGGGAUACUUGGGGGGCCAACUCUAAGAAGGAAAAGAAACCGGCCGACGACCUCAUACAACUCGACGAUGCACCUGCGGCAGGAGGAGGCGACGACGACUUCUUCAACUCAUGGGGCAAGAAAGAGAAGAAGAAGGACACGUUCUCCUGGGGCGAGGAUAACAAUGAUGAUUGGGAUCUAGGCACCAAAAAGGAUCCCGCAGAUGAAGCGCGCGAAGCCGAGGAAAAGGCAAAGGCAGACGCUGAGGCCGCGGAGGCCGCCUCAGAGGAAGCGGAAUUGGCAGUCCUCGAGGGCAAGAAAGCCAAGAAGGGCAAGCUUCUCAAGAAGGAAAAGGAACGGUAUGACCUUCUCAAGGAGAAGGCAAAGAAGCGGGCUGAGGAGCAAGCCGCUCGCGAAGCCGAUCAAGCCGCCGAAGCGGAAGCAGCAGCCAAAGCCGCUGAGGAGCAAGCGGCAAAGGAGGCCGAAGAGCAGGCCAAAAUCGACGCUGAAGCCCAAGCCAAGGCAGAUGCCGAGGCUCUCCAGGCUUCUGCUGAGGAAGAAGAAUUGGCAAAGCUUGAAGAGAAGAAAGCCAAAAGGAUGGGAAAGCUACUAAAGAAGGAUCAGGCUCGCUACGAUAUUCUGAAAGCCAACUCUGAACGGCGGGCUGAGGAAAAAGCUGCGCAAGAGGCCGAGGAGGCCCCAGCUCCUGAAGUCGAGGAACCUCCCCCGCCACCGCCUGAGCCGGAAGAACCUGUUGUCGAUGAGGCUGAGAGAGCCAGGCUAGAAGCGGAAGCAGCUCAAAUCGCCGCAGACACGGAGGAAAUGAAAGAACUCGAGGCAAAGAAGGUGAAGAGAGGAGGCAAGCUGCUCAAGAAAGACCAAGCGCGUUACGACAUCUUGAAGGAUGCUGCCGACCAGCGAGCGGAAGCUGCUGCCGCUAGAGAGAUUGAGGAGGCCGCUGCCGACGCAGCUCCCGCGCCUGAUGCUGAAGGCGAAGCUGCGCCUGUGCCGCCCGAAGCCCCAGAGCCUCCUGCCCCUGACGCCGCCGCGGCUAGUGCCGAAGAUGAAGCAGAAGCAGCCAUCGCUGCAAAAGAAGAAGCCGAGCUUGCUGAGCUUGAGGCGAAAAAGGCGAAAAAGAAUCGACUGAUCAAAGCGGACGACAGAGAUCGCUACAACGAACUCAAGGAGCGCAUAGAUAAACGAGCAGCUGAUAAGGCGCAAAAGGAGGCAGAUGCUGAGGCAGAGGCAGCCGCUGCUGCGGCAGCGGCUGUUGAAGAACCUCCGGCCCCGGAGCCUGUCGAUACAGAGGCUGAAAAUGCCGCCAAGGCCGCUGAACAGGCCCAAAUCGCAGCCGAGGAGGAGGAAAUCAAAGCUCUGGAAGAAAAGAAAGCGAAGAGAGGGAAAUUCGGCAAGACGGUAGACAAGAUGCGCUACGAGGAGCUCAAAGAGCGUGCCGACAAGAGAGCUGAGGAGAAGGCACAGAAGGAGGCAGAGGACGCCGCCGCCGCCGCCGCCGCCGCCGAAGAGGAGACUCCUGCCCCUGAGCCCGAAGAGCCUCCUGCACCAGAGGUUGACGAAGCGAAAGCUUCUGAAGAUGCCGCCAUUGCUGCUGACGAGGAAGAAUUGCAAUCGUUGGAAGACCUGAAGGCGAAAAAAGGGAGACUGCCCAAAGCUGCUGAUCGUGAGCGAUACACUGAGCUUAAACAGCGGUCCAUCAAGAGAUCUGUCGAAAAAGCUCAGAGGGAGGCCGCAGAAGCAGAAGCGGCGGCUGCGGCAGAAGCAGCAGCAGCAGCUGAGCCUGCACCAGAGCCGGAGCCCCCCGCCGAGCCUGAGGCAUCCCCUGAAGAACCAGGGGAAGACCCAGCUGUCGUUGCCGAAGAGGCAGAGCUGCAGGAGCUGGAGAAGGUCAAGGCCAAGAAGGGCAGGCUUUCUAAGAGUGCAGACCGUGUCCGUUACGAAGAACUCAAGACUCGUGCGGCAGAGAGGGCUGAGAAGAAGGCGGCGGCUGAGGCAGCGGCAGAGGCGCCGCACGAGCCCGAGCCUGAGCCCGAGCCCGAGCCGCCGGCUGAAGAGGCCCCACCUGAAGAGGCUCCUGCUGAGGAGGGAACAGGUGAUGGAGAAGAUCCCGCAGUGGUCGAAGCCGAAGAGCAGGAACUGGCUGACCUGGAGGCCAAGAAGGCCAAACGAGGCAAGUUGAAGUCCACCACGGACAAGGAACGGUAUGCCGUGUUGAAGGAAAAGUCCGACAAGAGGAGCGAGGCCCGAGCUGCCCAGGAGGCUGAGGAAGCUGCGGCCGCUGCGCCUGAGCCUGAGCCUGAGGCAGCACCUGAACCCGAACCAGAGCCCGAACCUGCUCUAGAACCGCCAGCCGAGGAGGCGCCGCCGGAUGAACCCCCUGUACCCGAGGAAGAUCCUGCGGUAGUCGAAGCCGAGGAGCAAGAGCUCGCAGAUCUAGAAGCUAAAAAGGCCAAGAGAGGUAAAUUAGGCAAGACUGCCGAGAAAGAAAGGCAAGCUUAAAUCCAGCGAUAAAGGACGGCUUGCUAUCCUCAAGGAGAAGGCUGAAAGCAGGGCGAAUGCCGCGGCACCUGCUGCUGAGCCAGAACCUGCACCUGCUGAAGAGGAACCUGCACCGGAGGCUCCUCUAGAAGAGCCUCCCGUUCCU